CGUCUUCAUCGUCUCUCGUGCUCCAAAGAUUUCCAGCAUCCGAACAAUAAAAAACCCAUCUUUAUCUCCAUGCGAUUUAGCCUCCCCGGCCCGCCGUCUCUUCUUGCGGCGGAUCUCCUCCUCUUGACUGUCUCUCAGACUCUGGAGAUCCCCGGAGACUAACUCCCCUCGUUGCCCCCUUUCCAGAUUUGGCUUCUUGGUCUAAGAUGUGUUUGCUCGUCCCGACUUGGGGAGGGUUUUAGAUACUUCACUAAGGAGUACAAUUGGGAAGGAAUUAUUCGGAGGGCUUGACGAAUAGAUCCUCAGAUCGGCGUUGCGAACGCCAAUGGAGCAAAUUUCUCAACCUAAGUCAACGUCGCCCGAUGUCCCUCCUAGAAAACUCGUUCGCCAGCUGGAUUUCACGGCCUCGGUCUAUGGUGGAGGUUCCACUACGGCGACACUACCUGUGGCCCUUGAUCCGUCGCAGUCACAGUGGCUACCUCUGCACCCGCCGGCUUCUCUGCCCAUGUCGCUUUCGUCAAUUUCUUCGAUUUUUGUAGCCACAAAGCCACAAUCACCCAAGUCAAGACAAGACACGCAACCAGUCUACAAUACUAAAGAUGAUACACCAACAAGAAAGAGGAAUUGCAACUGCAAACAUUCAAAAUGCUUGAAGCUGUGACAGAUGCAAAAUAAAGUCCAAGUGUGACUUGGCAAAAGUGAAGUCCCGGAGGUGAGGAGGCUCUUGGCAAAGAAAGACCUGACAACAAGGACAAAGCCAAAGGAAGCUGUUGAAGGUAAGGCGUGAAGGAUGGGAAAGCAUCGAGGGACACAAGGCUGAUGGAGGAAACUAGAAGGCAAGGUCAAAGUUGUAAAGGCAAGUUUGGGUUCUACUAGUUGACUGGUAUAUCAAUCGAUUGCCCAGUCGAUUGGGGAGCGAAUAGAAGGUUCUGUUCGCUCAGCCCAUGAAGGCCAGUCGACUGAUUGGGUUGAUGACGUAUAGAAUCCACAAAUCCUGAAUACAGCAGUAACCAUUACCUACAUGUUUAUCAAUUGAUUGGUGAUCGAGAUUUAGUGUAUCUCAAUAUAAAAGCUUUAGAACUUGGAGAAGAGCAUACACUUUCAUUUGAUA